AUGUUUGCCAGCUGCAGCCCUGGCACCGAAGCCUGGGUAUUCGCAUCCCAGCGAGGAUUCCCCAAGAUGGCCGUGAUCCACACCUCGAUAGAUCCAGUAAAAAACACCCUAACGAUUUCCUACCCAGCCAAACCUCAUUUUCUAGCGUCUCUCAUCUACGGAAACAAAUUUCGAAAAAGCUUUACGGUUCCUUUAGACGUCAAUGCCCUGCCUGAAAAUAAAUUGACCAAGUAUCCGGUCACCGAAGUGGAAAUCUGGAGACAGAAGUCGGUUGGGUACGAUUUGAGUGCGCAUAUCCCGCAAGAACUUAAGGACGUUAUCUUCAGCAAGAACUACACGAAAGUGGAUGUCGGAUUGUUUGCAGUAGUAGAUGGGAGGAAUAGAGGUGUCAACCAUAUGGGACCUCCCGUUGAAGUACUCGGAAGACCAAACACUAUCGGAUUUGCGGAUUUUGCUCCAAUCCACAUCCUCGGUCUCGCAAGCGUUCGAGAAUUCAACGAAUUGGUAAAAGGCGAGAUCCCAGAUUUAUCAGUCAGGAGGUUCAGGCCAAACAUCAUCGUUGGCGGUUCGCCUUCAUACGACGAGGAUGAUUGGCAGACAAUCAAGAUAGGUAAUGAAGAUUACCAUGUUAUGUCAAGAACCCCGAGAUGCAAGGUCCCUAAUAACGAUCCGGAAACUGGUGAGCGAAAUCGCAAUGAACCGGAUGUAACGAUCCGCGGUCAACGCAAUAUCGAUCCCGGUGCUCCACUGUUAGGAUGCAUGGGGAUGCAUAUGGUUCCAUUUGAGAGAGAAGGCAGCAUAAACGUCGGCGACAAAAUCGAUAUUAAGUCGCGAACACCAGAUCACAAGUGGGGCAGAAAUCUCUGGACACAAAUCGAGGGUUAA